CAACCAUCAAAUUAGUGGAUUCGGUUAUUUCAUUUUUAACACCCGUUGCUGACAGGUGUAUAAAAUCGAGCACACAGCAAUGCAAUUUCCACAGACUAAUAUUGGCAGUAGAAGGGCCUUACUGAAGAACUCAGUGACUUUCAACGCGGCACCGUCAUAGUAUGCUACUUUUCCAACAAGUCAGUUCAUAAAUUUCUGCCCUGCUAGAGCUGCCCGUUCAACUGUAAGCGCUGUUAUUGUGAAGUGGAAACGUCUAGGAGUAACAACGGCCCAGCCGUGAAGUGGUAGACCACACAAGCUCACAGAACGGGACCAACAAUUGCUGAAGCGCAUAGCGCGUAAAAAUCGUAUGCCCUUGGUUGCAACACUUUCUACUGAGUUCCAAACAGCCUCUGGAAGCAAAGUCAGUCAGCACAAGAACUGUCUGGAGCUUCAUGAAAUGGAUUUCCAUUGCCAAGCAGCCGCACAACAGCCUAAAAUCACAAUGCUAAGCGUCGGCUGGAGUGGUGUAAAGCUCGCCGCCAUUGGACUCUGUGGAAACGUGUUCUCUGGUGUGAUGAUUCACGCUUCACCAUCUGGCAGUGCAACGGAGGAAUCUGGGUUUGGCAGAUGCCAAAAGAACGCUACCUGCCUGAAUGCAUAGUGCCAACUGAAAAGUUUGGUGGAGGAGGAAUAAUGGUCUGGGGUUGUUUUUCAUGGUUCGGGCUAGGCCCCUUAGUUCCAGUGACUGGAAAUCUCUUUAACAAUGACAUUCUAGACAAUUCUGUGCUUCCAACUUUGUGGCAACAGUUUGAGGAAGGCCCUUUCCUGUUUCAGCAUGACUGCCCAGUGCACAAAGUGAGUUCCAUACCGAAAUUGUUGUCAAGAUCGUGUGGAAGAACUUAACUGGCCUGCACAGAGCCCUGAACUCAACUCCAUCUAACGCCUUUGGGAUUAAUUGGAACGCCAACUGCGAGCCAGGCCUAAUCGCCAAACCUCAAUAAUGCUCUGGCGGCUGAAUGGAAGCAUGUACCCGCAGCAAAUUUACAACAUCUAGUGGAAAGCCUUUCCAGAAGAGUGGAGGCUGUUAUAACAGCAAAUGGGGGACCAAUGCCACAUACUUUUGGUUAAGCUGAAUCCCUCUGCAGUGGAAGUAAAAGAUGUGCAAUGGAAUGUUAGAGUCAAUGUCAAAAGCCCUUGAGCUGCUCACCUCAGCUGACAAGCGGUCACUUUCACUGUUGCUCUUUCUGACUGUGCUAUCCACGGGACAAGGGUCAGGAUGUGUGAGGCCAUUCACUGUGCAGAACAGCUGGGUCAACCUGACAGAGACCAACAGGGGUUCCUUUCCUGUGGGCACGGUGCUCCAGUACAGCUGUGACCCAGGCUACCUGGCUGAUGGGCCCAGCAUCAUCACAUGCAACCCCCUGGGCCUCUGGACCUCAGACCCACCCCGCUGCAAACGGAGUGACGCAGUGUGCCGGCCUCCGUUUGAGCCUGAGAAUGGAGGGUACACCUGCCACCCGUCUCCCUGCCAUCGGCUAGGCCAGGGCACUGUGAUAGAGUACUUCUGUGAUGAAGGCUACAUCCUGAAGGGAGACUACAAGUACAAAUAUCUUACCUGUCAGGGUGGGGAGUGGGACGGCCCCAUGCAGAUUAGCUGUGUCAACCAAGGAUGUGCAAGGCCGUUCAUUGUCCAACAUGGGUCAGCCAACCUGACAGAGACCAACGGGGGUUCCUUUCCUGUCGGCACGGUGCUCCAGUACAGCUGUGACCCAGGCUUCCUGGAGGAUGGGCCCAACAUCCUCACCUGCACCCCCCUGGGCCUCUGGUCCUCAGACCCACCCCGCUGCAUACACAGUGAUGUGUGUCUGCCUCCAUUUGAGCCAGAGGAUGGGGGCUACACCUGCCACCCGUCCCCCUGCCAUAGACUGAACCAUCGCACUGUGAUCGAGUACUUCUGUGAUGAAGGCUACAUCCUGAAGGGAGACUACAAAUACCUGACCUGUCAGGACGGGGAGUGGGACGGUCCCAUGCAGAUUAGCUGUCUCCUGGAUCAAGACAGAGACCCUGCCCUGCCAUUGGGCAUACCCACCCUGUCCAUCGUGGCCUCCACUGCCAGCUCUGUAGCCCUCAUCCUGCUGCUGGUGGUCCUGUUUGUCCUGGUGCAGCCAAAACUCAAGUCCUUCAACCACAGCCGCCGUGAGCAGGGGGUGUCAGGCCAGCCUGUGUCCAUCAUGGUGGAGGGGGUGCAGGUGGCCCUGCCCUCCUAUGAGGAGGCGGUGUGUGGCGGAGGGGGUCUGAGUCUCAGCUCUGAGUCCCGGGUCCAAAUAGUGCUGUCAGAGGGCCAGCAGGCUGCAGGGACGACCGAGCCGCUCAUUGCCCAGGCCGGGCCCUCCACCCUCUCCCAGCUCUCAGAGAUGGCAUUGGUUCACCCGGUACCACCAUCCUUCACUUCUUCCCCUUCAUCCUCCUGCUGGGGCCCGGAGCAGGCUGCUGCUGCAGCACCUUCACCUUCACAGCGGAGGGACUCCACAGGCAGCGAGCAGCAAAGCCUGCCCCUCCUGGACUCUGAGAUGGACUACUCUGACGGUAGGCCCCCUAUCAACAUGUCUCUCCAAACAGGCCUCUUCACACAUGUAUUGGUUGAUAAUGCCCAUAUUUGCAUACGGCGUAUUGAUGAUGUCUCUUUGUUCCUGCAGAUAUGCCUUUGUUAAAGGAGGCCUGAAUCAUGCUGUAGCCACUUGGGCGUACAUUAGAGACCUCCAGGAUUGCUGUUGAUAGGCUGUGUUGAGUCGGAGGCCUGUAUGAAGCUCCCCACUGCAGCAGCUGCCAACACAACAGACUACCCACCCACCUCCUCCAGGGGCACUAAGUGAGGCCGUGUCAUGCUCAGCAGAAUGUUACUUCUCCCCCAUCCAGAGGAGGGCUCAGAGGGGUUUCACAUGUACAUAAUGCUUAGCCAUUUUCUAAGUGUCUGACACUUGUUCUUUUAACCAUUGGCUUAGCGCAGGGACGUAACUGUAAAAUAAUGAGCACCCUGUAUGUUGGAAGGCCUUUUGGAAAGCUCAAUAUGACAUUUGAAAAUUCUCUUUACAGCAUUACAUAUGUUUUUUUCAGUGGUUAAACACAUUUUAUGAGCUAAUCAUUGCACCCAUCACCAAUUUGUACCAUGUUGACCUGUUUUUACAUGAUCACUGCAGAACAUGCACAGCAGCAUGUUAGGAAUGAUGCAUGAAGACCACUGCAACUUAGUUUGAACUGGUCAUUCUCACAUACACAGAUUUGACCAUUUAUGCGCUAUAAGGUAAGUAAGAGUAACUUGUGAUAAUAUUCUGGAUGGGGUUCUUAAUGUAUCCAUUCUGAUCAUCGUUUUGAGCGCAAUGUUUUUUUUUCAUGCACUUAAAAGAUGAUUUUGCUGAAGGCCAGUGUUCCCUAGGUUGAGGCACACCUCUCAGCUUAUUGACAUUGGGCUUAGCGUUCAUAUCCUCUUAUUCAUGUCAGUAUACCUUUUCCCAGAUGGCCUUAGAGCUCCACUUCUAUGCACAAAAAGCAUUUGUAUUGAGUUUCCUUCCUAAAAAAGGAUUAAAAAAUGAAUGUCAAUUUUCGCUCUUCACAGCUCAGUGACGUAACAAAUUGGAGAAAUAGUUGGUGUUUCUUGGAGACCUGACAAUGUUAUACUUUAUAUUUAUUUGUGGGUUGUUUAAAAUGAUUUGUUAAGAUGGGUAAACUAAAUUGAGAAUUUAGUAUAUUCAUGUCCAGAAUGCUGUUGAUCAGCCAUGGUUGCUUGGAUGCUUCCACAAUUCUUGAAAAAGCAUAUUAAGACGUGUCUUUUAACAUUGCCACCUUGGUGGAGUCAUAAGGACAUAAUAUGUGGAAGACUGAAGUUAAUUGGGUUAACCAUAAAUAGUUCAAAAGAGGUAAUUAUUGUUAUGUACAGAAGCUUAGUGUCAUGUCUUUUCAAAUGGUUUCAUUUGCUUUGGGACUACACAAUGCAAUUGGUGUAAAGAUAGUAUUUUAAUAUUUGAAAAAAGGUUUGUUAAUUUUACUCUGUAAAUACCCUGUUAUAAUUUUGAAUAAAUGUCAUUUGAGCUGUGCAA